AUGACCCACAGGGUUCACAGCACUUUGUAUGUGGAGCUGUGGCAGCACUCCGACAAGUUUGCAAGCCACGUACGGAUGUCUGUAUCAACAUUCCAUGACCUUCUAGCACACAUCAAUGAAGGGAUACGUCGGCAAGACACCCACCUGAGAAGGAGCAUCUCCCCAGAGGAACGCCUAAUCGUAACCCUCAAGUUCCUGGCAUCUGGUGAGAGUUUUUCGUCGCUCCACUUCCAGUUUUGCCAGGGAAUUUCCACCAUUUCUGGGAUUGUCCGGACCACCUGCGAUGCCCUGUGGGAUUGCCUUCUAGAAGAAUUUCUCCCACAACCUUCUCCAGAACUUUGGCUUCAAAUUGCAGAGAAGUUCCACGAAGUAACACAGUUUCCAAACUGUGUAGGUGCAAUCGAUGGGAAGUAUAUCAGGAUCCAGAAGCCAGCGCACCCAGGGUCCGAGUACUUCAACUACAAGAAGUUCUACUCCACUAUACUUAUUGCCUUUGCGGAUGCGCAGUACAGAUUAAUCGCAGUGGACAUUGGGUCAUAUGGAAGAAACAAUGACUCGCGUGUGUUCAAGAACUCUGUCAUGGGGAGGAGGAUCUACUCUGGUGAGAUGGGACUUCCUGAACCAAGGGCCUUUCCUGGGACCGAUGGACCGCCAAUGCCUUUUGUUUUUAUUGGUGAUGAGGCUUUCCAGAUGUGUGGCAACUUGCUGAAGCCCUACUCCAGCCGAGGACUAGACCAACGCAAGCGGAUCUUCAAUUACAGACUGUCACAUGCAAGAUGCUAUGUGGAGUGUGCCUUUGGAAUUUUUGUUGGCAAAUGGCGGAUAUUCACACGGCCAAUCCAAUUGCACCCAGACGUGGUAGAUCAGGUUGUUAAGGCAGCUGUUGUUCUACACAACUUCAUCCUAACCAAGGAGCCUUCCCCCAGUGAUCCAGAAGAAGUUGAAUCAGCUCUGCCUGGACUACAGCAGACAUCCAGAAGAGCUACCCAGGCCAUCAUGUGUCUCAGAGAAGAUUUUUCACAGUAUUUCCUGACAGAAGCUGGCAUGGUGUCUUGGCAGGAUCGUAUGUUGUGA